AUGGCGUCGCGACACGCCCCCGGGAACACGCGACCCAUCCAGAAAUCCAGAACGAUCCCACAACCCUCAGGCUUAAAUUUUACCGCGCUCCAAACACAGCGCUCAACAAACAGGGCGGUGUACAAGCAUGUGGAACCGAGAAAAAAGUUUUUCGUUGAGUCCUUUUCGUUGGAGAGACAACGCCUUCUGUCGCGACAAGGUCGUCAAGCCAGCGCUAAAUUAAUUGAUGGCGCCAAAUCGCCCGCCCUGGGCAGAAGAAGAGGGCCAGGCCCGAACAACCCUACCCAUACGCAAAGACGAACGCACGGUUCAAUCGCGCCCCCGCAGCUGCGGGUCGCCGACGAUGAUCAAAGAUGUGCAAGGGAGGGAAGCGCGUGCACCGCCCGGGGCGCGGGAAAAACUGACCCCGCCAUUGUCCGACUAGCACCAGUCGUGCAGGGUCACUUUGUCGAGAUCUCUGGGCCAAGGCGUGGCACCACUAGUUCAUCAGUGCUGCCGGAACGUCGAACUUCAUCUCGAUUGCAGCAAUUUGCAUCAUCACCAACCCGUUCGGUUCUCAAGCUCACAAAGGUCGGCGUUAUGGAACUCCUAAGCCUGACCCACCCCUAA